UGAAAAAUAAUAAAAACGUAACCUCUUUUUUUAGAUAUUUGGAUAUUUACUUCCAAAUCAAGUUAUUUCUUAUAUAAAUGUACCAUUAUUAGUUUAUUAAACAUGCAUCUAACAAACUUAAUUACGAAAAACUUAUUGAGUGUUUGCAAACAGUCCUCCAGAACAAUUAGCUGUACACAGAUAUCAAAUAUAAAGGAAUGGCGAGUUUCACGUGGACUGCCAGUCAAUAAAAAUGCUGAAGGUAUUUUAACUGAUGGUCCUGAUUAUACCUUCUUGGAUGGAAUACCCACACCUUUACUGCAUAAACAAAAGUUAAGAAUGCUCAAACAAAGGGACUUUGCAUCUCGGAUUGUAGAGUUGAGCUCGGAACUAGACUUUGCAAAGACAAGACAACAGAAAAUGCUUGAAGCCAAAGAAGAAGAAAGAAAAGCAAUCUUAAGUAACAGAUUAAAGCCAAAAGGAAAAGCAUUGUUAAAUAAAAAAUAGAAUGUUUAUAUUAAAAUUGUUAUAGUUAUUAAAUAUUUAGCUUCUGAA